CCUGAACCUGGGCCUGGAGAGGAGGCAGCCGGCGGGGAGGGUGCAGGGGCCGAGAUUGUGGGUCCGAAUCUUCCAGAAGACCCCAGCUGCGAAUGUGCUCCCGGCCCAUGCAGGAGGCUUGCACGAAGUAGAAGACAUGGCCAAUUUUGCUGGUAAAGGUAGAAGGGAGCCUGGGAGCACCAGCAGGCAUCAUGUGGAUCCAGGUUCGCACCAUGGACGGGAAGGUGGCCCACAGCGUGGGCUCGCUCUCCAGGCUGACCAAGGUGGAAGAGCUGCGGGAGAAGAUCCAGGAGCUGUUCCACGUGGAGCCCGGCCGACAGAGGCUCUUCUACCGGGGCAAGCAGAUGGAGGAUGGCCACACCCUCUUUGACUAUGAUGUUCGCCUGAAUGACACCAUCCAGCUCCUGGUUCGGCAGAACCUCAUGCCUCCUCCCCCCAGUAGCAGCAGCAACAACAACCAGGAGAGAGACUCUGAGCUUUCUGACACGGAUUCUGGCUACUGCCUGGGCCAGAGUGAGUCGGACAAGUCCUCGACUAGCGGUGAGGUGGCUGCGGAGGCGGACAGGAAUUCAGGCUUAUCUGAUGAGGCAGUGUGUGAUGAGACGGAGCUGGGCCUGUACAAGGUCAAUGAGUACGUUGAUGCCCGGGACACGGAUGUGGGAAGUUGGUUUGAGGCGAAGGUUGUCAGGGUGACAAAGAAGCCACCAUCCCAGGACACGCCUUGUAGCUCCGCCUCAUCUCAGGACACGCCUUGUAGCUCUGCCUCAUCCCAGGACACGCCUUGUAGCUCUGCCUCAUCCAAGGACACGCCUUGUAGCUCUGCCUCAUCCCAGGACGCACCCUGUAGCUCCGCCUCCUCCCAGGACACACCCUGUAGCUCCACCUCCACAUUGGAAGAAGACGACGACGACGACGACGUCAUUUAUCACGUGACAUAUGAUGAUUACCCGGAAUACGGUGUGGUCCAGAUGAGUUCACAGAACGUCCGGGCCCGAGCCCGAGAAAUCAUCAGAUGGCAGGAGCUGAAGGAGGGCCAGGAGGUCAUGCUCAACUACAACCCCGACAGCCCGAAGGAACGGGGCUUCUGGUACGAUGCAGUGAUCACGCGGAAGAACCAGACCCGGACAUCGCGGGAGCUGUAUGCUAACGUCAGGCUCGGGAGUGGCUCUCUCAGCAACUGUCGGAUCAUGUUUGUGGAUGAAGUUUUCAAGAUUGAGCGUCCGGGCGAGGGGGCUCCCAUGGUUGAAAACCCAGUGAAAAGGAAGAACAAGCCCUUCUGCGAUAAAUGCAAGGAUAACCCGAGCAAGCCCUGCCACGAGUGCUCCUGCAGCCUGUGUGGGAGCAAGCAGGACCCCGACAAGCAGCUCAUGUGUGAUGAUUGCGACCACGCCUUUCACUUGUACUGCCUCAACCCGCCUCUCAGCAGUGUUCCCACGGAGACCGAGUGGUUCUGCCCUAAAUGUCGAAAUGACGCCAGCGAGGUAGUGUUGGCAGGGGAGAAGCUGAAAGAGAGUAAGAAGAAGUCGAAAAUGGCAUCGGCCACAUCGUCCUCGCAGCGGGACUGGGGCAAGGGCAUGGCGUGCGUGGGGCGCACCAAGGAGUGCACCAUCGUUCCAUCCAACCACUACGGACCCAUCCCAGGGAUCCCCGUGGGCACCAUGUGGAGGUUCAGAGUCCAGGUCAGUGAGUCGGGGGUCCAUCGGCCGCACGUGGCGGGCAUCCAUGGCCGGAGCAAUGAUGGGGCGUACUCCCUGGUCCUGUCUGGGGGGUAUGAGGACGAUGUGGACAAUGGGGAGUCUUUCACGUAUACUGGUAGCGGUGGUCGAGAUCUUUCCGGCAACAAGCGGACUGCAGAACAGUCCUGUGAUCAGAAACUCACCAACACCAACAGGGCACUGGCUCUCAACUGCAGCGCCCCCAUCAACGAACGCAAAGGGGCCGAGGCCAAGGACUGGCGCUCAGGGAAGCCGGUCCGGGUGGUGCGCAACGUCAAGGGCCGCAAGCACAGCAAAUACGCCCCCACUGAGGGCAACCGGUACGACGGCAUCUACAAGGUUGUGAGGUACUGGCCUGAGAAGGGGAAGUCCGGCUUCCUGGUAUGGCGCUAUCUUCUGCGGAGGGACGACGAGGAACCUGGCCCCUGGACGAAGAAAGGGAAGAACCGGAUCAAGCAGCUGGGACUGACCAUGCAGUAUCCGGAAGGCUACCUUGAGGCUCUGGCCAAGAAGGAGAAGGAGAAAGAGAACAGAAAGAGGCCGACUGAAGAGGCAGAGGAGAAAGACGAAGAGGAGGAAGAAGAGGAAGAUUUCACGUCCCCCAGGAAGAGCAAACGGAGGAGUAAGUCAGAAGGUAGGUCCCUCUCCAUGGGCAGCCUGUCCAUGUGCUCUUGGCCUCGCCCGCCCUCACCACUCUGCUCUGUCUCAGGUGCCUGCUCCCCCAGGGUUACACCCAAGAAAACCAAGGUGGAGCCUUACAGCCUCACAGCCCAGCAGAAGGCCCUCAUCAAGCAGGACCAGAGCAACACUAAGCUGUGGACCGAGAUCCUCAAGUCACUCAAGGAUGGGCCGAAAUUCCUGAAUAAAGUAGAAGAAACAUUCCAGUGUAUCUGCUGCCAGGAACUGGUAUUCCGCCCGAUCACCACCGUGUGCCAACAUAACGUGUGCAAGAAUUGCCUGGAUAGAUCCUUCAGAGCCCAGGUGUUCAGCUGCCCCGCCUGCCGUGGCGAACUGGGCCGAAACUACUCCAUGAAGGUGAACCAGCCGCUGCAGGCAAUCCUCACCCAGCUCUUCCCCGGUUAUGGCAAUGGACGGUGAUCCACAAGCACUUCUCGCCGGGCGUUUUUAAAAAACGCAUCAGAGGCGUCCUCGGCCCCUCCUGUUUUUAGUGGGCUUAACUUAAGUAUGUAGUUUUUCCUCUACUUCUUAAAAACCCUUGUCUUCCUGGUUUUGUUUUUUUAAUCUAUAAAUUUUUAGGAAUUUGUAUUAUGGCUCAAAGAAAGAAAGAAAGUUAGACUGCUCAGUGUUUUAUCUUGGUUUUUUUAAAAAGUAUAAAGCCUGCAGUGUAUGAGCAAGAACACAAAUGCUUUUUCAGAAGAUGAAAUUAGAAAUUACUUGGCCCGAAGGCCGCUGUGUUGCCAACAUCGGGUUCUCAGAGGCUCCUGCAGGAUGGCAUUGACUGCCUAGAACCAUCUUUCCCAGGUGUGUGGGCUUGGCCCCAAAGCUGAAAGCGGGCACACCUCCUGACAGCGGUUCAUCGCCAGAACUCAGCAGGGUGGUACCUGGUGGUGGCCCUGGGUGUGUCGUGGCCCAGGAGUCAUCCAUCAGGACCUGUUGAAAGGGAAAAAGGAAAAGAUCCCAUUCAGCCCAGUUUAAACUCUGGCCUCACAGCCAUCCGCCACCAGCCUGCUUCCGGGGUUAAGACCCACAAGCAGAGACCUGUGUCCCUUGAGCAGAGUUGAGGCCACACAGAAGCUACCUCCGCUGGACUGUCCUGUGUGUGGAGCUGGGUGUGCAGCCAAACGCUGUCCCCUCUGGAACGCCGCAGAGGUAGAUGCACGAAGCCAUGUUCAAGUGCCUUUGGUUCUUCCUUUCUAUACACGGGGCUCUUUUUUUAGCACUGAAUUACUGAAAAUGCCAACCAGACUCUCAGAUUGGCCAGCCAGUUCUUUCCAAAUCUGGGUGAGUGUUUGGGGAUAGGUUGAGUUUUGUUCUUCCUUUACAUUGAAUUUUCAACUCACCAAUUGAGAUUUACAAGAGGGAAUUUGUUUUUAAAAUAAAUACUUUUUCUAAAUGAAAUUUUUUUGUAGUUACUGUAUAUGUACCAAGAAAUCUAUAACUUAGGGAUUUAUUUUUUAUUUUUUUAUUUUUUUGGAAUUAUUUGUUAAUUUUUCUACAAACUUUACCAAAGUUUGCAGCUCAUACCUCAAUAGAACAGGGAUAUUUUAAAUCACAUAACUGCAGACAAACUGGAACAAUAUUGUUUGAAAGGUUUUUUUCCUCUUUAUUAGGUGGUUAAUGUAUUAGGAAGAAAUGACAAAAUCCUGUGUAGGCAUUUUCUAUAAAGUUCAAUAUUCUUUGUCCAGAUUUUAGACUCUCAGAAUAAAUGUCUUUUACAGAUGCA